AUGCUUUCGCUAUUGGCCUUUGUAUGUUUCUUUUCGGUUGUGUUUGGUCUGAGCAUCAGACAGCUCCCGGACGAACAGCAGACUACACCGGUAUUUCCUCCGACUCGUCAGACACAGCAGCAUACGCAUGAUCCCACUAUCAUCCGUGUCGGUGAUGAGUAUUAUCUCUACAAUGUCGGCGAGCAUAUCUUCAUCCACACCGCGCCCAACAUGGCCGGACCCUGGCAGAAGAUCGGCAGUGUGAUGGACGCCAACAGUGUGAUCGAUAAAGGGGACCGCGCCGUGCCCUGGGCUCCGUCCGUCAUCGCCGUCGGCGAGACGUACUACUGCUUCUACAGUGUCAGCAGGGCUGGCUGCCGGGACAGUGCGAUCGGAGUAGUGACAUCCGCCUCUCCGGGCCCUGGAGAUUGGCAGGAUCAUGGAGUCGUCGUGCAAUCUGGCACGGGGGAGAAUUCAGACCUCUAUCCGUUCAACCAGUCGAAUACGAUCGAUCCCAGUGUCGUGGUCAGCGCUGAUGGGCAAGGAUAUCUUUCUUUCGGGAGCUACUGGACCGGCAUCUACCAGGUUCCUUUGACACCUGAUUUGUUGAGACCUUCCAACACAGCCGAGUCAGAGGUGCGCCAUCUGGCCUAUGAGCCCCUUGCGCUCAGCAAGCCGAGCGAGAACGCCAAUAUGAUGUGCGGGGAUCCAACAGGUCCGCAUGCUAUCGAGGGCGCCUUUAUGUCGUACCACAGAGGUUACUACUAUCUAUGGUUCAGCCACGGCCGAUGUUGCGAUUUACAAGAGGACAAGCUCCCACCCGCAGGGCAGGAGUACAGCAUCCGUGUCGGCCGAUCCACCAGCCCACGAGGUCCCUUUAUCGAUAAAACGGGCAUGGAUCUCGUUGACGGCGGCGGGACCAUCGUCUAUGGCUCAAAUGGGGAUGUUUAUGCCCCCGGUGGCCAAGGCGUGCUCCGUGAUGGCAAUACUGACGUCUUAUAUUACCACUAUUUGAAUACCAGUGUUGGCAUCGCAUUUUCGGAUGCUAUGCUAGGAUAUAAUCCUCUGAACUACGUCAAUGGAUGGCCUGUCGCCAUGCCGUGA